AGUUUUUUCUUUUUCUUUCUCUUUUCCUUUCUUUUCCCUCUGUUUCUCUCGUAGACUUCCAGCAGAAGAGACUUAUAAGUGAAAGACCGAAGAAGAAAAGGGAAAUGCCCAACUGGGUGUUUUUGGUUUUCACCUUGUUAAAAAUAAAAUAGUAAUGCAGAUAAAAAACAGGAACUUCCUUUGUUUCCUCACUUGUUGUCUCUUCAUUACCUGAGGGAACACAGGACUGCCCUUCUCUUCUCUUCUGCUGUCAUUCAUAAUUAACCCACUUUUCUCCCAUUAUUUUCAGAACAAAACUUGAACUUUCCCUCUUGUUUUCUGAAAAUUCCUGUUUCCAAGAUUAUUUUUUGUACUUUUCUAUUUGUCUUUGUUUACAUUUUAUCAAGGGCAUAACACCUAAGAAUAUCAAGUCAUUGUUGAGCCAAAAGAAGCAACUGCACAAAAGCAUAAUUAUUGCUUACAAAUUUGGCUAUAUGAAAGCCGUGAAACAAUGAGAGAUGGGAACUCCAAGAAGAGCAAGCUUUCAUGGCCCAAGAUAUUGGUCAAGAAGUGGUUCAAUAUCAAGAGUAAAGCAGAGGACUUUCAUGCUGAUGAUGUUGAUUAUGGAGGUGAUUUGAUUGGUGUUGAUGAAGAUGGGAGUCACAACUUCUCAGAGAGAGAGGCGUGCGCUAUCAAGAAAAGUAAAACAGAGAGAUUGAGCAAGAGGUAUUCUGAUCGAGUUAGACGAAGUAAGAUUGAUUUUGAUAGCUCGCAAGUUACAGAUGUGCAUAAUUAUAGGGUUUUUGUAGCUACAUGGAAUGUGGCUGGAAAAUCUCCUCCUAGUUAUUUGAACCUUGAAGAUUGGCUUCAUUCCUCUCCUCCUGCUGACAUUUAUGUUCUCGGGUUUCAAGAAAUCGUUCCUUUAAAUGCUGGUAAUAUUUUGGGCACUGAAGACAAUGGACCGGCCAGGAAAUGGCUGGCUCUCAUUAAGAAGACUCUGAACAGUCUUCCCGGCACCAGUGGUGGUUGCCACACACCUUCACCAAUCUCUGAUCCACUUGUAGAACUGGAUGCAGACUUUGAAGGAUCAACAAGGCAGAAAGCUUCAUCUUUCUUUCACCGCCGAUCAUUUCAAUCCUUGAAUUGUAGCAUGAGAAUGGAUAACGAAAUGGCAAUGCCACAGCCCCGGCUUGAUCGCCGCUUCAGUGUCUGUGAUCGUGUUAUCUUUGGUAAUAGACCAAGUGAUUAUGACCCUAAUUUCAGAUGGGGUUCCUCUGAUGAUGAUAAUGGACCUGGGGAUUCACCAGGUAAUGCUGAAUAUUCUCCAAUGGACUAUAGUGGAUCUUUUGCCAUGGAGGAAAGCAAUACACAGAUGGGCCAUUCAAGAUACUGUUUGGUUGCCAGCAAGCAAAUGGUUGGCAUAUUUCUAACAGUAUGGGUGAAGAGUGAUCUUAGAGAUGAUGUUGGCAACAUGAAAGUGUCCUGUGUUGGCAGAGGGUUGAUGGGUUAUCUUGGAAAUAAGGGUUCCAUUUCUAUUAGCAUGUCUUUGCAUCAAACCAGCUUUUGCUUCGUCUGUAGUCAUUUAACCUCUGGGCAAAAGGAGGGUGAUGAGCUGCGAAGAAACUCUGAUGUUAUGGAGAUCCUCAGAAAGACAAGGUUUCCCAGGGUUCAUGGUAUGGGAGAUGAGAAUUCGCCCCAAACGAUUCUAGAGCAUGACCGUAUAAUUUGGUUAGGGGAUUUGAAUUAUCGGAUUGCUCUGUCAUAUCGUUGUGCAAAGGCUUUGGUUGAGAUGCGCAAUUGGAAGGCAUUGUUAGAGAAUGACCAGCUUCGGAUAGAGCAGAGGCAAGGCCGUGUUUUUGAGGGAUGGACUGAAGGAAAAAUAUAUUUCCCUCCUACAUACAAGUAUUCAAAUAACUCAGACAGAUAUGCUGGGGAGGAUAGGCACCCAAAGCAGAAGCGAAGAACUCCUGCAUGGUGUGAUCGUAUACUCUGGUAUGGAAGAGGCCUCUAUCAGUUAUCUUAUGUUCGUGGGGAGUCAAAGUUCUCAGAUCAUAGGCCUGUUUAUAGUGUAUUUUCAGCAGAGGUUGAGUCUAUUAAUCGCAAUCGAAUGAGGAAAAGCAUGAGUAGUUCCAGGAUUGAGGUUGAAGAGCUGUUGCCACAGUCACACCCACAUGGAUAUACUGAACUCAGUUUCAUUUGACAGAACUUUUAAACAAUCCAUAAUCUGUGCUACACUUCAGGAUUAAGUGCAUGGUUGUAUAAGGUAAUUCACAUCGAAUAAAACUUUUACUGUUGCUAAUUUAUAACUGCUAAACUUACAAUUAAAGCCAGCUCCCUUGGGCUGUUAACAGGUUUCACAAAGAAAAUGCAUUUCCCUCCAGAAUUCCAACCCUGCUUUCUCUCCUCAAUCAGGCAGGUAAUUUUACUCAUUUCUUGUGUGCCCAAAAUAAAAGAAAUAAAGUAACUCAGUCCUAAUUGGUCAUGUUAGUAGGAAGAAAAGUAUAUGCUAUUACUAAUGUCAUGAUGAAUAGACUUCAUUGGUAGAUUUUUUUGGAAUUUACCUAUAGCUUUCAAUUGUUCCCCCUACCAUGUAUCAAUAUCUCAUGGACCAAGUAAACAUACAGACCUUUUAUAGGCUUAAGAAAAGGGAUUUCUGGUCAAGUCUUACUCUCCUGUAGAAAAUGGAAGCUGUCGAUCGAAUACUGAGAGUGUUGCUGUAAAUCAUG